CCGCUUAAGCUCUCCUCGACUGGAGUUCACCAAAUCGUCUACCUCUGAAAUUUUUCUCGCGAACCAGACGAGGUGACCGACGCAACUCAAACUUCUGUUCUGUUCCGUCCCGUCGAUUCUCGAGUUGUCGAGUUUUACUCCUUGAGAAACUCUUCCAGGGUUUUCGGAUUCUAGAUAAUCUCUUGUCUCGUAAUUUCGAUUCUCAACCCUAAGGAAUCCUCCCAGGUUUGCCAGAAUGGUGAAAACGUAUUCAAAGCAAGGUGUGAGAGUUCAGAAUCCGGAUCAGAAUCAGAAAACGCUUGUGCUAAUUGGUCGAAGUGGUAACGGGAAGAGUGCACUUGGUAAUUGCAUUCUUGGGAGGAAUGCUUUCCCUUCCGAGGCUAGUCCUUGUGGUGUUACCCUUAAUUGUGCGUUGGAGGAAGGUCUGUUGCCAGAUGGUGGGAUGCUCAGAAUUAUCGAUACUCCUGGACAUUUUGGUCACUCGCUCAAGUCUGAUGUAGUCGAUAGCGAAAUUCGCAAAUGCUUUGAAAUGGCGAAAGAUGAGAUCCAUGCCCUGAUUCUUGUACUCUCUGUGAAUAAUCGCUUCACAAAAGCGGAAACUGAAGGAAUUCUAGCUCUAACGUCCAUAUUUGGGUGGAAUAUGUAUAAUUCCCUGGUUGUGGUCUUCACCGGUGGGGAUGAUCUUGAAAGAGACGGUCAAACUCUGGACGACUUUCUAGGGCCUGGUCCCCCUGAAUCUUUGCAGAUCCUUCUCAACUCUUGUGAUAAUCGAUUCAUGGUGUUUGACUGCAAUACCUUAGAUGAGAAUAAGAGAAGUGUUCAGCUCUCGAAGCUUCUGAAACUUGUAGAAAUUGUCACUAAACGGAAUGGUGGAAAACCAUUCGGCCGACAAGCAUUCUCUCCGGUGCGUAACCUGUUUCUUAAGAGGGAUGAUGAUCCAUCUGCGGUUGUUUAUGGGAAUUCUUGGGAGAAGGCGAACAAUCUGAAAGAAGAUACAAAUAAAUUGAAUGAAGAACUGCUAAAACACAUGACUGAAAAGGUAAAGGACUUUGUGGAUGAGCUGGAGACGCAGCUAGAGCGCCUGAAGGAAGAUUUGCAGAAGCUAGAGGAUUAUUUUAAUUCUGCUCGCUCCCAGUUAAACAAGGAACUUGAUAAGCUUGGACAGGAUAUUGGGAGUGCUCAAAGGGAAAUCAAGGAGCUCAGCGUGAGGAUGCAGAGACGUGGAUGUUCAAUCCUCUGAUGGGACAAUGGGACCUGGUGGAGAAGCAAUGAUCUGGAUUUCAGUUGUGGUGCAUUAUGACUUCAGAAAUAUAGGGGCUUUAUAUGCUUUUGGUGUGUUGCGUCAAUACAUGGUUUCUAUAUGGUUUAGUGAGGUUGUGGUCUAUCUUGUUUGCCUAACCGCCCCAAUGGAUCAUUGGAUACUUGAGAAAACAAAACGAAGUAGAUGAACAGAGUUGUAAACAUUACACCAAUGUUUUAGAAACCGUGUCUACGGUCGGACUGUGUAUACCAAGUACAGGAUCCCAAUUUUGUAGAUGGUUUUAGUGUGUAAAACAGCUGAAUCAUGGAUAUUGGUCCACAUUUUAGCGUGUAAGGUUUUUAUAAUUCUUGAGCACAUCAGCAAUAUGAUGUUUUCAUAUGAUACUAGGGGGUUAGCCGCGCUAUGCAGCGGCGCUUGAAUGUGUUCUGGUUAGUUG